AACUUUAAUAAAAGAAAAAUUUCCUAUCACGAAUAAUAAUAAUAAUAAUAACAAUAAUAUUAACAACAAUGUAUCUUCUCGUCGUAACAGUGCGUUAUUUCGUUUUAAACCUUCUCCAAAACAAGUUUCUUCUAUUGAUAAAGUAUUAUCAUCUCCUAAUAGUGGUGAAGUUGAUAUUUCAUUAUUAGCUACCUCCCCUGAUUCCGAUAUACAAUUUGAUCAAUAUAAUACUGAUGAAUGGAAAGAAUUCCUUUAUAAUUAUGCUCAAGGAAAAUUUAAUCCUAUGGCUACUCCAAAAAAACCAAAUUCUCUUAGAAGAAGUAAAACUGUUGAUUGUCGUAGAAGUAAAAUUGUCUGUGAAUUAAAUUCUACUGCUGAAGCUGAUGCCAUAACUUCUUUUAUUAAAGGUCUUGAAGAUGAUUGUGAACAAAGUAAAUGUUUUGUUGAUUAUAAUAUUGAAGUAGAUGGUAAUUAUGAAAGUAUUUAUGAUGAUGAUGAUUUAGAUGAUGAUUUAGAUGAUAAUCAUUACCUUCCUCCUCCCAUGCCUCCUAAUGAAGUUGAACGUAGAAGAGCGUUAUGGAGAUUUCAAAUACUUAAUACAUCAAAUGAUGUUAAUUUUACUCGUAUAGUAGCAUUAUCAAAAGAACAUUUUAAAACUUCAAUAUCAAUGAUAUCACUUCUUAAUACGACUCAUCAAUGGUUUAAAGCUGAAGAUGGUAUGGGAUGUAGUGGAACUACUAGAGAAAUAAGUUUUUGUGGUCAUGCUAUAUUACAAGAAAAUGGUGAACCUUUUGUAGUACUUGAUGCUACUAAAGAUUGGAGAUUUUGUAAUAAUCCUUUAGUUACUGAUGCUCCUUUUAUAAGAUUUUAUGCUGGUGCUCCUUUACGAACUGAUGAUGGUUAUAAUAUUGGUACGAUAUGUGUGAUCGAUCGUGAACCUAGAGAUAGUUUUUCAAAAAAGGAUCGUGAAAAUUUAAAAGAAUAUGCUAGAGUUGUCAUGAGAGAAUUAGAAUUAUGGACUGAUACUUUACGUUUACGUGUAAGAAAUAAAAUGCAAGAAAGUAUAGCUGAAUUUAGUAAAUUUUGUUUGGAAAUUCAAUUGGCUAAUAAUAAUUCUAAUAAUGAUGAAAAUAAGAAAAAAUCUACUAUUUGUGAUCCUAUUAUGAAACAAUGUUUUAAUAUGGCUGUUAAAUUAAUGAGAGACACUUUAAAUGUAGAUUCUGUUUAUUUAUUAGAAAUGCCUUGUCUUUAUUCUCGUCCUUUAUCUAUAACUUCUCGUAAUUCAAAUAAUUUCUUUUUAACCGGUCCUCCUCCUGAUGUACCAUCAAGUCAUUUAAGAUCUUUAGCUUCUGUUGGUGAAAUUGAAUUAUCUACUGAAGCUUUAAAAGCUUCUAUAAUUACUUCUUAUUUCACUUAUUUAAUGCAAACUCAAUCACAAGGUUGUAUUUAUCAAAAUUCUUUACCUCCAUUACCGACCCUCUUUCCUGAUGAUGUACAUUCCGGUAUUGUUGUACCCAUUUACGAUGAUACACAGAAUGCUUUUGGUUUCUUGAUAGCUAUGACAAAAGAUCCACAAAGACAAUUUGAAGAUGAAGAACGUGUUUAUUUAAGUAAUUUUGGUGUAAAUGUUGUUAGUGAAGUAUUAAAAAGAAGAGUUAUCGUUGCUGAUAGAGCAAAAGGUGCUUUCAUUUCUUCUAUAUCUCAUGAAUUAAGAACUCCUCUUCAUGGUAUUUUAGCAAGUUGUGAAUUAAUGGAAGAAAGUAAAUUAAAUGAAUCUCAAGCUGAAUUGGUUAAAACAAUACAAGGUUGUGGAACUUCUUUAAUAAGUAUUAUUAAUAGUGUAUUAGAUUUCGCGAAAUUAGAAAGUGAAAAACAAGAUUACGUUGAUGAUCCAAUUAAUCAAAAGAAAUUAUCCGAAAAAGACAAUAAUAAUAAAUUAAUGAAUAGAAAUAAUAAUAAUAAUAAAAGGAAAAAAGAACAAAAGGA